AUGUAUCAAAUCGGUAACAUCUACGGUAUCACCGCUAUUGCGGUCAUCGGUGGUGGUCUGUUCGGUUUCGAUAUCUCGUCCAUGAGCGCUAUCCUGCCUACUCAACAGUAUCGCUGCUAUUUCAACCAGGGCCCUAACGGCCCUGAGUACUCUGGAGACCCAAAUGAGAAGUGCUCUGGUCCUAGGCCUGAUGUCCAGGGUGGCAUCACAGCCGCUAUGCCUGGUGGUUCUUUCAUCGGUGCUCUCGCCUCCGGUUACCUCACGGACAAGCUUGGUCGUCGUCGCGCCAUCCAAGUCGGUUGUACUAUCUGGGUCAUCGGUUCCAUCAUCUCUUGCGCUGCCCAGAACAUCGGUAUGCUCAUCGUCGGUCGAUUCAUCAAUGGUCUUUCCGUUGGUAUCUGCUCUGCUCAGGUUCCCGUCUACGUAACCGAAUUGGCUCCUCCCUCCAAGCGUGGUCGUGUUGUCGGAUCUCAGCAGUGGGCUAUCACUUGGGGUAUCCUGAUCAUGUACUACAUCUCCUACGGUUGCACAUUCCUUGAGGGCGAGAAGGCCUUCCGUGUCCCAUGGGGCAUUCAGAUGCUCCCCGCUGUCAUCCUUGCUAUCGGUCUUGUCUUCCUGCCUGAGUCGCCCCGUUGGCUUGCACGUCAUGACCGCUGGGAGGAGUGCCACCAGGUUCUCACCCUCGUCCACGGCAAGGGUGACCCCAACUCGCCUUUUGUGUCCCUCGAGAUGGCCGAGAUCAAGCAGAUGAUCGAAUUUGAGAGGCAGAACGCCGACGUCUCUGUUAAGGAGCUCUUCAAGCCUCAGAUGCUCAACCGCCUCCACAUCGGUAUCUUUACACAGAUCUGGUCUCAGCUUACGGGAAUGAACGUCAUGAUGUACUACAUCACCUACGUUUUCGGUAUGGCUGGUCUCACCGGCAACACUGGUCUGAUCGCCUCGUCUAUCCAAUACGUUAUCAACGUGUUCAUGACCGUUCCUGCUCUUAUCUGGAUGGACCGCUGGGGUCGCCGUCCUAUGUUCGUCAUUGGUGCCGUUCUUAUGAUGAUCUGGUUGUUUGCCAACGCCGGUCUCAUGGCUAGCUACGGACGCGCCGCUCCUCCUGGUGGUCUUGACAACAUCGCCGAGCAGUCAUGGCAGAUCGAAGGCGCACCUGCAAGAGCUGUCAUUGCUUGCACAUACCUUUUUGUCGCCUCCUACGCCCCUACCUGGGGACCUGCUUCUUGGGUCUACCCUCCUGAGCUGUUCCCUCUUCGCGUCCGUGGCAAGGCCGUUGCGCUCACCACAUCUUCUAACUGGAUCUUUAACUUCGCUCUGUCCUACUUCGUCCCUCCUGCGUUCGUCAACAUCCAGUGGAAGGUCUACAUCGUCUUCGGUGUCUUCUGCGCAGCCAUGGCAGUCCACACCUUCUUCAUGUUCCCCGAAACAGCUGGAAAGACUCUUGAAGACAUUGAGGAGAUGUUCAUGGAGGGUAUCCCCGCCUGGAAGACCAAGGUUGACUUCAGCACCUCCCGCCGUGCUGAGCAGGGUAUCGUUGACCCGGAGAAGAUUGGUGGCUUCGACCACAGCUCAAUCAAGAUGGAGAACGCCGACGUUGCGACCAAGGCCUAG